AUGGAGCGCGAACAGUUCGCGGAAUCGGCAUUGAUGCCACUAACCUACGAGGAUGGACUCGAAGAAAUCGAUCGCUUCUAUCGCACUCCAGAGCCAGCGACCGAGCGCGAGCACACAAGUGCAGAUCAUGUACUUGACGAAGGCGGAGAGGAGCUGCACACAACUGCAGACGACGAGUUCAGCACUUUACUGCCGGAUCUUGAAGCAAUGGAAGGCAUCGAAGCCGCCGCGGGCUUCGAGCCAGUCCUAGAGAAAUCAAACGCCAACAAAGAUGAGCACCGCAACGAAUCACCAGCUUGCAACAACGACGAUAGUCACGCAGCGAACAUUGCAAAAAGCGCUGCGAUGGCGCUCACCGGCCAGACUCCCAGGGCUUCUUCGCCCACUAUACCAAUGGACCUCUUUGCGUCCGUGAAGAACACUCCUGGUCCAAGCCACAGCCCGAUGCCGCCGUCCAGCAGCAACCGUAGCGACCUCCAAGCGGAGAUGCGCGAUGAAGAGACGCAGCAAAACUCGCCACUCAGUACACCGGGCGCCGUGCCAUUCUCUCUCGCCCGAGACAAGGCCAACGCCAAAUCGAAGCGAGAUGCUUCAGCGUCGCCCUUGGCCACUCGUCGACCAGCGAAGAAGGCGAAAGAGGCUGAGGCUGAAGGAGCAAUUGUCUCGCCCGCGACCCUUGCUGGAACCCCAAGCGCGUCCUCCAUACCGCCCCCUCGCUUUGCAAAGAUGGACGAGCUGGCUUCUGGUGCUACUUUGUCUGCGGCAGAUGCGGAAAUGGCAGAAGGCCAGCCAGAAUCAGAUUCUUCGCGAUCCGCACACGAAGUAGAGGUCCGCAGUCCAAAAGCCGCUCAAUACGAAGUGACGGAAGAUGGCACCCGUCGCAAAUCUUUGCUGGUUGCCAUGCCUCUUCCACAGAAGAAUCGCCGCGGCAAAUCUGUUGCCACGAGCGACGAACCAUCCAAUUCCCAGACUGCUCCACCAGCUUCAGAGGCAACCUCGAAACAGGAGGCCAGUCAAGCACCGUCCAAUAAAAGCUCACUGCGUCCAGAAGCAAAGGGUGCGCAAGAUGAUAAGGCAACUGCCCGCGAAGGUGCCAACGAAGCAAAGAAAUCUGCUGCUCGCACCAGAAGGACAAUGGGCGCGCACGAGCUGAAAGACAUCCUUGACACGAACUCGCGCAAGGGUGUCACGGGUGGUAUGAGUCCACACCGCAUGACGAGAGGUCAGAAGCAGGAGAGAGAAGCGGCGGGACCAAAUGCGAAAGAGGCUGUGAAGAGACGCCGGAAGUCGAGUGCAAAGUGA